AUGGCAGAAUCCAUAACUCGCCAAUGUCCGCCGUAUCUGACACUUAGCAUCUCACAGGCACUGUCGCUACCGGCUCCACGCGCGCCAGAGCCCAAGCAGCAUGGUUCGGUCAACUCCAUGCUGGACGAGCGUGCUGAUCGUAUGCCGGAUCAGCUCGCUGUUGGCUUUACCUACCUCGGCUCGGAUGGCAGGUGGAAUUGUAGCACGCUCACAUACGCUCAAGUCUCGAGGCUCGCGCUCGGCCUGGCGAUCGAGCUACACGUACAAAUCCCGGGCAGAAGUUGGAAUACCAAGUCGCCCAACCACACGCCGCUCGUCGCGGUGCUUUCGCCGUCCGGACUGGAUCUGUUUGCACAUAUCAUAGCCUUGUGGAGAUUGGGGUUUGGUGUACUAUGUAUCGCUCCUGGAUCGCCAGCUGAGUCGAUCGCGAACCUGUUGAGCCUUACACAGACAAAUGUGGUGUUGGCACAUGCGUCGCAAGUCGGCUCUGCGCACGCUGCGGUCCAAGCGGCUCGAGACGGCGUCAAUGAGCAUGUUUUCGAAGCGCAAGUUUACACGAUGAUAUCCAACGUAUUGCAGCUUGUCGACGGUGACACAUACACAAGAAGCGCAAUUGCAUCUCAACACAUUGCACAACCAGACGACGUUCUCGUCGCGAUGCACACCAGCGGGUCUUCCGGACUGCCCAAGCCCAUCUAUCAACUGCAUCGUUUCUGGACCACUUCGAUGCUCUCUGCUGCAGGCCGCGAUCUAUCCGCUUUCACCACUACCCCGCUCUUUCACGGUGGAAUGUCGGAUCUGCUUCGUUCGUUUCAGGCCGGCUCUUCAAUCUUCUUUCACCCCACAGCAGACCCUGGUGCACUCGGCACAUCCGCCAUCUGUCGAGCCAUCAAGGCGUGCAACACUCGGAUCUCUUACUUUCUCUCGGUCCCAUACGUUUUGGACAUGCUCUAUACCGAACGCGUCGAUGACGGUAGACGCAUGCUGUCAUCCAUGCAACUAGUCAGCACUGGCGGUGCGCCGCUGCCACAGCAUCUAGGAGAUAGCAUGGUACACCAAGGAAUCAAGCUCGUCAGCCGAUUGGGAAGUUCAGAAUGCGGAUUCCUCAUGUCUUCAUGGCGCAGCUUCGCUACGGACAAGACGUGGAACCAUCUGCGUCUAGAUGACGAUUUGGGCCAAGGUAUGCUACACUUUGAAGCGCAUGACGGGAUCUCGGAUGAACCACUGUUUGAGCUAGUUGUGACCAAGGAUUGGCCGACAAAGUUGGUAGCGAAUCGGGAGGACGGUAGCUAUGCAACGUCGGAUCUGUACUCCAAGCAAGGCGAUCAUAGGUGGAAGUACGAGUCGAGAUCGGAUGACACGAUCCUACUUGUCUCUGGGAAAAAGGCGACAGCGGCGGUUGUCGAGCAAAAGCUCAAAGCGUCUCCACUAGUCACAGAGGCAAUUGGUUUUGGUGCAAACAGAGGUAUCAUCGGCGCUCUUGUGUUUGUUAGCACAGAUGCAAUCGCUCAAGGCGCGAGCUGGGACGAUGCGCUAAAAAUCAAGCUGCUCAGUCAGCUUGAGUCGGUGCUCGUCGAGAUCAACUGUGCAUCCCCACCACACGCCCAGCUGGCUCCGGAGAUGAUCUGCCUGCUGCCACCCUGCGAAGCAGCCCACAUCCCAUAUGCUAGUAAGGGCACACUGCAACGCGCUCGUGCGUACCAGCAAUAUGCUGACUUGAUCAAUUCCAUCUACCUCGACUUUGACCAAGGCCGUUCGCUUCAACUUGACACUGGCACUCGCAACGCUGGCGUCGCCAAACAGCAGUUGAGCGGCGAAACCCUCAUCCACUGGCUGCAGGGCAAAGUAGAGAGUAUCAACGCCAAAAAAUUGUCGCCAGACGUGGAUCUGUUUGUAGCAGGUAUCGACUCGAUUCAGUCGGCUAGGAUUCGAGCAGCUGUGCAUCAGAACGUUGACUUGGACGAGCAUCUGUUGGAGCGAAAUGUAGUGUACGAGUAUCCGACUCUGCGCUUGCUCGCGCAGCAUAUCGAAGACGUCAGAGCCGGUAGUGGGUCAAGUGAUGUUGACCAUCAACGUCAGCAGCGCGAACUGGCACUUAUGCAAGAGUUGGUGCAAAGGUACUCGCAACCAUCACUCCACGUCGAGUGGAUUCGCGAAAACUCACGAGAAAAGGGUGCUCAAGCUGGCAUACUCUACAUGCUCACAGGCGUGACGGGUGGACUGGGAGUGCAGAUUUUGGAUCAAGUGGUUCGUCACAAGUUGCAAGCGCACGAUUUCGUGGUAUGUCUGAUUCGUGCUGACAGUGACCAACAUGCGCAAAAGAGACUACUGGACAGUUUGAGGUCGCGUCGUCUCGAGCAUACGCGGUCGGUUGUUGCUUCAACCAGUCAAAUCCACGCGCUCGCUGUCGACAUUUCACGUGCACACUGCGGAAUAGCAUCCAGCCAACUCUGGUCGCUGCUCGCAUCAGGAUAUAGCAAGGUGGUGACGAUUCACUCGGCAUGGUCCGUGAAUUUUGUCGCCUCACUAAGCAGUUUCGAGCCAGAAAACAUAGCUGGGCUCUCGCACCUGAUCUCGCUCCACCAGUCUCUGGUCGCUUGUCUGACGUCAGCCCAUGAAUCCGAGUCGUGCUUUACAUUCUGCUCUUCGGUCGCUUCGGUUCUCGCGAGCUCGUCGCAAAUCGUCGACGAGACGCUGUCCACUUCACCCUUGGACGCAGCACCUAUGGGGUAUGCACGCAGCAAGUGGGUUGCCGAACACAUUGUUUCGCGCCGCUUUCGAUCUGGCGGAUCGCGCAUUGUGCGUAUUGGUCAACUGUGUUCCGACACGACGCAUGGUGUAUGGAACCAGAAUGAAGCAUGGCCAAUCCUGAUCCGACUCAGCUGUCAACUUGGCUGUUUCCCAGACCUGAAUCAGAAUCUCGAUUGGAUCCCCACCGACAUUGCUGCAAUAACUGUUCUUCUCGCAUCUCUCUCUCCCGGUUCAGGUGUCUUGAACAUGGCGCAACCCACGACUCAUCUCUCGAAAUGCGUGCCGUGGAAAUCGCUCUACGACUCCCUUGUUUCUUGCGGCCUUACGCUCUCGCUCGUUUCCCCACACCACUGGCUGCAUCUCCUUCAACACUCAAACGCCGACCAUAGAGGCUUGCUCGGCUUGUGGCUCCGCAACUUCGAGCAACAGCAACCGCAAUCCCAACCCGAACCCGCGCUCCGGUUCAACUGCACCAAAUCCCUCGCCGUAAGCAGCCAACUGCGCAUCUGGCAGCACCACGCCGUCACUCAGUCGCUCAUCCAAAAGACUGUUCAGACGUGGAAACAGAUCGGCUUUCUCUCGUAA